GUCACGCGGACCGAACAGCCUCCGGCUUGAGAUUUCAGAGAGGGGGGAAAAAUCAGGGCGAGGGCGGGCGGAGCCGAGGGAAAAGGCCCCCGCGGCGCGGCCGCCACUCGCCACCCACCCAACCACCCAUCCCGUCCCAACACGGCACACGGCCACGCCGCGCGGCUGCGGAGGCGGGGGCGCCCGUGCCAUCACGUCCCCCCUUCCUUCCUGGCUUCCUUCCCUCACGGCCGCACCCGUCCGCCGCGCGCCGCGAGAGUACGCGACAAACCCCGCAAAACCACCGCACCGCUCCGCCCGCCCACGCGGCCGCAGCGGUGGGCGAUGAUGCUGCCCUCCCCAGCCGGUCAUUUCACCGCGGGGGCGCGGCCCACGCCCGCGGGCCCACCGCAGCACCGCACCGCCUCCUCCUCCUCCUCCUUUUAUGACCGACGGCUCCCCACCUCCGCCUCCGUUCCCCAUCUCCUCCUCCACCACCAAACCCUAGCCGCCUCCCCUCGCCGCCGCCGCCGCUGACCGGCCAUGUCUUCCUCGUCCUCCGACGCGGCCAGGGACGACGUCGUCUCCUCCCCGGACCUCCCUCCUCUAGCCGCGCCCGUCGCCGCCGCCGCCGCUGCGGCCGCGGCCGCUGCCUCCUCGGGGGGAGGCAUAGGGCUCGGGGGCGGGGCCUCCGGUCGGAGGCUGCCGCCGCCGUGCUGGACCGAGGAGGAGACCCUCGCGCUCAUCGAGGCCUACCGCGACAGGUGGGAGGCGCUGCGCAAGGGCAACCUGCGGGCCGCGGACUGGGACAGGGUCGCCAACGCCGUCACCGCGCGCUGCGGCCGGUUCCCCACCGCCACGCCGAAGUCCGGCGUGCAGUGCCGCCACAAGAUCGAGAAGCUCCGGAAGCGCUACCGGGCGGAGCGGUCGCGCUCCGCGGGCAGGUCCAAAGGGCCCAAGUGGCCCUUCUUCCCGCUCCUCCACGACCUCGCCGGCGGCGGCGUGCCGGACCCCAGCCCCAACGCCAUCGUCAAGAUCAAGACCAAGGGCCCCGCGCCGCUGGCGUCCACGCCUUCCCCCGUGUCCUCCCCUUCCUCCGAGGAGGGCGUGCGGAGCAGGAGCCUGCACGGGCUCAUCUCCAACGGCGGAGCCGGGAGCGGCCUGCGCUUCACCAUCCCCAAGGCCUCCCGCAGCAAACCCGCCGGGGUGGCAGCUGUGAAGCCGGAGAGGAACGGCGGCGAGGACGACGCCGAGUCGGAGGCCAUGGCGGAGGUGGCCGAUGCGUUGCGGGCCGUCGGGGAGGGUUUCCUGCGGAUGGAGGAGCGCAGGCUGGAGCUCUCCCUCCAGAUGGAGAAGGAAUGGAUGGAGUCAGAGAUGAAGCGCACCCAGACGAUGCUCGACGCGCAGCAGCUCUUCUUUGAAGCCUUCCUCGGCAAGCAGCAGCAGCACAAGAAAGCCAGGCACUCCCCAGCUUCCAACGCUAUGGAAGAGGAUUGAUGAUGAUCCUGCUCCGCUUCUGCUCUGUGAACAAUGUGUUUAUGCUUACUUGCUCCGUGUUAACUGCUUUUUAUGCUAGUAGUUCUUGGUAGUCGUUGACUUGUGAUAUUAGUAGCAAUUUACUCUUUUGUGUAUGGAUGGUGGAUUGAACUCAACAAGGGGUUUGGGGCAAAGGAUGUAGGUGUAGGAUAUGGAUAAGGGUGGAAGGGGGGAGGUUUGAAUUAGAAUUUAGAAAAGUCUCAGUUGUAAUCAGUGAACUACUUGUUAUGUUAUGAUGAGCUGGCUGCUGGUGUUAUGUUGAAACACUGCAGCUUGUUCAAAUAGCAUCUCGUGUUGUGGAUUUUGUUAUUGAGUUUUGCUUGAUUCUUGUCU